CGCGGGUUUUUGUCAUCGCGUUUUUCAAGCGCAGCGGUGCCAGGAGUAGCUAGUUUAGCGCGCUUGCACACGUUCUGGCCAUUACUUGGGACCCACAGUACGCACGCGAUCGCUGCGGCAACGUGACGGCAGUAUAGGCUUGCAUGCUCUCCGGUUCAACAAUGCACAGACGCGCUACACGCGCAUCGCUGGUCCUGACUUGCGCAACGCUGGCCUCAGCCAUGCGCACACAACCGCUGCUCUCUCGGCGCGCCGUGAUGGACACCGCGGCGGCGUUGGCCGCUACCAUCGCCGUGCCGGCGCUCGCCGAGGUCGAACAGCUUGCAGCGCCGGGCAAAUCCGUCGGUGCGAUGCAGAAAUUGAAGAGUGGUGUGCGUUAUAUCGACCUCAAGGAAGGCAGCGGUGCCGGUGCUUCGUCAGGGUCGCGCGUCUCGCUGCAAUGGGUGCUGAGGCGGUCGAAUGGCUACUUCGUUACAUCAUCGUUUGGACAAGUGGCAUCGGGCCCCGACGCGGGCAUCCUCAAGCUGAGCGGCAUGUCGGCCCCGAACGACCCGUUCCUGUUCACCGUUGGCUCGAACGCGGCGCUGCCGGGCCUCGAUGAGGCCGUCCUCGGCAUGAAAAAGGGCGGCGUGCGGAGGAUUGUGGUCCCGACGCGCCUGUCGUAUACGCAGCCGCUCAAAUCAAGCCCGGGUCCCGUACCCGAAGAUUACGGGGCGCGGCGGCAGAUCGAGCGCGAGCUCGCGAAGAUGGAUCCGGAGAACUUCUUCGUCCUCGAGGUCGAGGCCGUGAACGUCCGCUAGAUACUCUAAUGUGCCGGUAC